UUCAGUCUUGUUUGGACCGUCGAGCGAUCGAGAACCGGAUUUCAGCGCUAGUCGGCGAAUCGCGAGAGCGUGCGAGUAUUUGUGUGUGCGUGUGAGCGUUUGUUUUGGGACACCGAUACGGAUACGGGUACGGAUAGACGGAUAUACGGCAGCGGUACGCGAUUAGCAAUCCGCCAACCGGUUGCAGCGGUGCUAGUGCACCACCCUACAAAAAAGUGAAUAAUAGUAUGCAAAGUAUCUGAAAGAUAGUCAAGAGCAGAGCAAAGUAUCUGUGUUUGUGUGUGCCGUGCUUUUGUGCGGAGUCGCCACCCCCGUGGAUUAGUGGCACCCUGCUGCAAAUAGCCCACCACUCUCACAAGUGUGUGUGUGUGAGUGUUAACAAUUAAUCGCAUUUAAAAAACAAUUUGGCCAGCCGCAGUAACAAUAACGAUAAUUCGGACGUGCCAAGGGUGCUUUUCAGUGGAUUUUUGCGUAAAAUCGAUAGUCAGAUAGACCCGCUCUCUACUGCCAACUUCACACAACCCGCUCAGCGGAAACACGGCAUACGAAAUGAAUAUGCCCAACGAACGCCUCAAAUGGCUAAUGCUGUUCGCAGCUGUUGCCCUCAUUGCUUGUGGUAGUCAGACCCUAGCUGCCAAUCCCCCAGAUGCCGACCAAAAAGGACCCGUCUUCCUCAAGGAACCCACCAACCGCAUUGACUUCUCCAACUCCACGGGCGCAGAGAUCGAGUGCAAGGCCAGCGGCAAUCCCAUGCCCGAGAUUAUUUGGAUCAGGAGCGACGGUACCGCCGUGGGUGAUGUGCCCGGAUUGCGUCAGAUCUCAUCCGACGGCAAGCUGGUCUUCCCUCCAUUCCGCGCCGAGGACUACCGCCAGGAGGUCCAUGCCCAGGUGUACGCCUGCCUGGCCCGCAACCAGUUCGGAUCCAUUAUCUCCCGGGACGUCCAUGUGCGAGCCGUCGUUUCCCAACACUACGAAGAAGAUAUACACAAGGCAUUUGUCAUCCGCGGCAAUUCCGCCAUAUUGAAAUGCGAUAUACCGUCGUUUGUAGCCGAUUUCGUGAAUGUUAUAUCCUGGCAUAGUGACGAGAAAGAGAAUUUCUAUCCAGGCACUGAAUAUGAUGGAAAGUACCUGGUAUUGCCCUCUGGAGAGCUGCACAUCCGUGAGGUUGGACCCGAGGACGGAUACAAGAGCUACCAGUGCCGAACCAAACAUCGUCUGACCGGAGAAACCCGAUUAAGUGCCACAAAAGGACGAUUGGUCAUCACAGAACCCGUUGGCAGCGUUGGGCCAAAACUCACAUCAGGCGACGAUUCGCGGACGGUGAGGAUUAGGCAGGAGGAUAGUGUUACGCUCCUUUGUCCAGCUCAAGCUUAUCCCGUGCCGGUGUAUAGAUGGUACAAGUUCAUCGAAGGAACAACCCGUAAACAAGCUGUGGUGCUAAAUGACCGUGUGAAGCAGGUCUCUGGUACUCUCAUUAUUAAGGACGCAGUAGUCGAGGACUCCGGAAAAUACCUGUGCGUGGUGAACAAUUCCGUGGGAGGCGAAAGCGUUGAGACUGUGCUUACCGUCACUGCCCCCCUAUCCGCUAAGAUCGAUCCUCCCACACAGACAGUUGACUUCGGACGCCCCGCCGUAUUCACUUGCCAGUACACUGGAAAUCCCAUCAAGACCGUUAGCUGGAUGAAGGACGGCAAGGCUAUCGGACACAGCGAACCCGUGCUGCGCAUCGAAUCCGUGAAGAAGGAGGACAAGGGCAUGUACCAGUGCUUCGUAAGAAACGACCAGGAAUCGGCGGAGGCGAGUGCUGAGCUGAAGCUCGGAGGCCGUUUCGAUCCCCCCGUCAUCCGACAGGCCUUCCAGGAAGAGACCAUGGAACCCGGACCAAGUGUAUUCCUCAAGUGCGUCGCCGGCGGAAACCCCACGCCCGAAAUUUCCUGGGAACUCGACGGCAAGAAAAUCGCCAACAACGAUCGCUAUCAGGUCGGACAGUAUGUGACGGUCAACGGAGAUGUGGUUUCCUAUCUGAACAUAACCUCGGUCCACGCCAACGAUGGCGGUCUCUACAAGUGCAUAGCCAAGAGCAAAGUGGGCGUGGCCGAACACUCGGCCAAGUUGAAUGUAUAUGGACUGCCCUACAUCCGGCAAAUGGAGAAGAAGGCAAUUGUUGCUGGAGAAACCCUGAUUGUCACAUGUCCUGUAGCUGGAUACCCCAUCGAUUCGAUUGUCUGGGAGCGAGAUAACCGUGCCCUGCCCAUCAACCGCAAACAGAAGGUCUUCCCCAACGGAACGCUGAUUAUCGAGAAUGUGGAACGGAACUCAGACCAAGCGACCUACACUUGCGUUGCCAAGAAUCAGGAAGGAUACUCUGCUCGAGGAUCUCUGGAAGUGCAAGUCAUGGUUCUUCCGCGCAUCAUACCCUUCGCCUUCGAGGAGGGUCCUGCCCAGGUGGGUCAGUACCUGACACUGCACUGCUCCGUUCCCGGCGGAGAUCUGCCCCUGAACAUCGACUGGACGCUGGAUGGUCAGGCAAUCUCGGAGGAUCUGGGAAUAACCACGUCCCGCGUGGGUCGUCGUGGAAGUGUGCUAACCAUCGAGGCCGUGGAGGCCUCACAUGCGGGCAACUUCACCUGCCACGCCCGCAAUUUGGCGGGCCAUCAGCAGUUCACCACGCCGCUGAACGUCUACGUACCUCCCAGAUGGAUCCUCGAGCCCACCGAUAAGGCCUUCGCCCAGGGAUCCGAUGCCAAGGUUGAAUGCAAGGCUGAUGGCUUCCCCAAACCCCAAGUUACAUGGAAGAAAGCAGUUGGCGACACCCCCGGAGAGUACAAGGAUCUAAAGAAGAGCGACAACAUCCGCGUGGAAGAGGGCACUCUGCAUGUCGACAACAUCCAAAAGACCAACGAGGGCUACUAUCUGUGCGAGGCUAUCAAUGGAAUAGGCUCCGGCCUCUCGGCUGUGAUUAUGAUCAGCGUUCAGGCCCCUCCAGAGUUCACGGAGAAGCUGCGCAACCAGACCGCCCGACGAGGAGAACCCGCCGUACUCCAGUGCGAGGCGAAGGGCGAGAAGCCCAUUGGCAUCUUGUGGAACAUGAACAACAUGCGACUGGACCCAAAGAACGACAAUCGGUACACCAUUCGUGAGGAGAUCCUUUCCACCGGAGUUAUGUCCAGUCUGUCGAUCAAGCGCACCGAGAGAUCCGACUCCGCCCUAUUCACCUGUGUCGCCACUAAUGCCUUUGGAUCCGAUGACGCCAGCAUAAAUAUGAUUGUCCAGGAAGUUCCGGAGAUGCCAUAUGCUUUGAAGGUACUCGACAAAUCCGGACGUUCCGUGCAGCUGAGCUGGGCGCAACCCUACGAUGGCAACUCCCCUCUGGACAGGUACAUCAUUGAGUUUAAGCGUUCUCGUGCCUCCUGGAGCGAAAUUGAUCGCGUCAUCGUGCCCGGACACACCACAGAAGCCCAAGUGCAGAAGCUCAGCCCCGCCACCACCUACAACAUUCGCAUCGUGGCCGAAAACGCCAUCGGCACAUCCCAAUCCUCUGAAGCGGUCACUAUCAUCACAGCCGAAGAAGCACCCUCCGGCAAGCCCCAGAACAUCAAGGUAGAACCCGUGAACCAGACCACCAUGCGCGUCACCUGGAAGCCACCACCACGCACCGAGUGGAACGGAGAGAUCCUGGGCUACUACGUCGGCUACAAGCUAUCCAACACUAACUCGUCCUACGUUUUCGAGACCAUCAACUUCAUCACCGAGGAGGGCAAGGAGCACAACCUGGAACUGCAGAACCUGCGCGUGUACACCCAGUACUCCGUGGUGAUCCAGGCCUUCAACAAGAUCGGAGCUGGUCCACUGAGCGAAGAGGAGAAACAAUUCACGGCCGAGGGAACGCCCAGCCAGCCACCCAGUGACACCGCCUGCACCACCUUAACUUCGCAGACCAUUCGCGUCGGAUGGGUGAGCCCACCCCUGGAAUCCGCCAACGGAGUGAUCAAGACCUAUAAGGUUGUCUAUGCCCCCAGUGACGAGUGGUAUGACGAGACCAAGCGACACUAUAAGAAGACGGCCUCCUCCGACACAGUCCUCCAUGGCUUAAAGAAGUACACCAACUACACAAUGCAGGUCCUGGCCACAACAGCCGGAGGCGAUGGCGUCCGCAGCGUUCCCAUCCACUGCCAAACCGAACCCGAUGUUCCCGAAGCACCCACUGAUGUAAAGGCUCUUGUUAUGGGUAACGCCGCUAUCCUGGUAUCCUGGCGCCCACCAGCACAGCCAAACGGCAUUAUCACCCAGUACACCGUGUACUCCAAGGCCGAAGGCGCUGAGACUGAGACAAAGACCCAGAAGGUUCCCCACUACCAGAUGAGUUUCGAGGCCACCGAACUGGAGAAGAACAAGCCCUACGAGUUCUGGGUGACAGCUAGCACCACCAUUGGCGAAGGCCAGCAGUCUAAGAGCAUAGUGGCCAUGCCCAGCGACCAGGUGCCCGCCAAGAUCGCCUCCUUCGACGACACCUUCACUGCCACCUUCAAGGAGGACGCCAAGAUGCCCUGCCUGGCCGUUGGAGCCCCCCAACCCGAGAUCACAUGGAAGAUCAAGGGCGUCGAAUUCAGUGCCAACGAUCGCAUGCGCGUCCUCCCCGACGGAUCGCUGCUGAUCAAGUCGGUAAAUCGCCAGGAUGCCGGAGACUACUCCUGCCACGCCGAGAACUCGAUUGCUAAGGACUCCAUCACGCACAAACUGAUUGUUCUGGCACCACCACAAUCGCCCCACGUCACCCUCUCGGCAACCACCACUGAUGCCCUGACUGUAAAGUUGAAGCCCCAUGAGGGAGACACUGCUCCUCUGCAUGGAUACACCCUGCACUACAAGCCAGAAUUCGGAGAAUGGGAAACAUCGGAAGUGUCUGUCGACUCACAGAAGCACAACAUCGAAGGUCUCUUGUGCGGCUCCCGCUAUCAGGUCUAUGCCACAGGAUUCAAUAACAUUGGAGCUGGCGAAGCUUCUGACAUUUUGAACACCCGGACCAAGGGACAGAAGCCCAAGCUGCCCGAGAAACCUCGCUUCAUUGAAGUGUCGUCCAACUCGGUGUCCCUGCACUUCAAGGCCUGGAAAGAUGGAGGAUGCCCCAUGUCGCACUUUGUGGUGGAGAGCAAGAAGCGCGAUCAAAUUGAGUGGAACCAAAUUUCGAACAACGUGAAGCCCGAUAACAACUACGUGGUUUUGGACCUGGAACCCGCCACCUGGUACAACCUCCGCAUCACUGCCCACAACUCGGCUGGCUUCACUGUGGCCGAAUACGACUUUGCCACCUUAACCGUUACCGGAGGCACUAUCGCACCCUCGCGAGAUUUACCCGAGUUAAGCGCCGAGGACACGAUCCGCAUUAUCCUCUCGAACCUAAACUUAGUUGUGCCCGUCGUGGCGGCUCUGCUCGUCAUAAUCAUAGCGAUAAUUGUUAUUUGUAUACUGCGUAGCAAGGGCAAUCACCACAAAGUUUACAAUCAGACAAUGGGACCCGGCGCCACCCUGGACAAGCGUCGUCCGGACCUGCGGGAUGAGCUCGGAUACAUCGCCCCGCCCAACCGGAAGCUGCCCCCCGUUCCCGGAUCCAACUAUAAUACCUGUGACCGGAUUAAGCGAGGUACAGUCAUAAGCAUGGAAGAUGAAAUCUGCCCCUAUGCCACGUUCCACCUGCUCGGAUUCCGCGAGGAAAUGGACCCUACCAAGGCCAUGAACUUCCAGACCUUCCCCCACCAGAACGGACACGCCGGCCCAGUUCCCGGACACGCGGGCACUAUGCUUCCACCAGGACAUCCAGGACACGUGCACUCCCGCUCCGGAUCGCAAUCGAUGCCUCGGGCCAAUCGAUACCAGCGAAAGAACAGCCAGGGCGGACAGUCCUCAAUCUACACGCCAGCUCCCGAAUACGAUGAUCCCGCCAACUGUGCCGAAGAGGACCAAUAUCGUCGAUACACCCGCGUCAACUCGCAAGGCGGUAGCCUGUACUCCGGACCCGGACCCGAAUACGACGAUCCCGCCAACUGCGCACCCGAAGAGGAUCAGUACGGCUCCCAGUACGGAGGACCCUAUGGACAGCCCUAUGAUCACUACGGUUCCCGGGGAUCCAUGGGACGUCGUAGCAUCGGCUCUGCUCGCAAUCCUGGCAAUGGAUCACCCGAGCCUCCACCACCACCACCACGCAACCACGACAUGAGCAACUCCUCAUUCAACGACUCCAAGGAGAGUAAUGAGAUCUCAGAGGCAGAGUGCGAUCGUGACCACGGACCACGCGGAAACUACGGAGAAACGAAACCGGCCCAAAACAACUCCAACUCCAACAAGCAAAUGGCGCAGGAUUCACAGCCUACGAUACUAUGGCAGUGUAAUUUGUAAGCGCCCUCUGCGGCGGUGGGCGUGGCAUUUUAGCUUAGUGUUUUAGGUGCAUGAAGUGCGUGGGAGUUGAAUGACACUUAGAGACACAGGACACAGAUACACACAGACAGAUCAUCAGGACACAAGGAAAGAGAUAGAGAAAGAGAGGGAGUUAUAUACCGAAUAUACACGUAAAAUAUUCAACUACUUCGAGUAAUUAUAGCGAAGGAAUGCAAGUUUCAAGAAACAUAUUUAUAUUGUCUAUGCAAGCAGCAAACCAAACUUACAUAAAGUAUAUAAGUACAUUCAAUGGAUAACUACUAUAAGAGAGUGCUGGAGACACUGAAGGAAAUUACUCAAGUUAUUCGAGAGGAACAGAAAACGAAAUCUCAAGAUCAAGAUCAUACUUACGUAUUCGAACUAAUUUUCAAUAAUGUACUUUAGUUUUAAGCGGUGUCUACCGAAAUAUCAGAGCAACAGCAACUGAGAUGGAUUCUUGUGUGUAAGAGGAGAUGAUUCGAAAUCUGUUUGUGUAAACUUUUGCCAUCUAUGCCAGGAGCAGAAAACUCAUCCUUUGCCUAGCCUAAGUCAAAGUCAUAAUAUUAACUCGUCUAAUUGAUAUAUUUAGUCGUAACAUAUGCGUAAUAUGUAUGAUUUCUUCCUAUGCAUUUUAUAAUUCGUAUGGACAGCGCACAUUUGGAGUUUUGUUUGCGUUUUGCGUUGACUUGUGAUGAUUGUUAAUUUACAGAGCUUUGUGAGUGAGUACUUACGAUUGUGCUCAUUACUCGCUUUGUUCUUUAUUUACAGACAAGUGAUUGUCCUAUCUUAGUUCGCCCUUAUUUUUAAUUCAAAAAUGCGCUUCCAACAGAACAAAUCGAAACUGUUCAAUGCACAAAUCGCAGCCACAACAAUUGAAUGUAUUAUACAAGAUCCCCAGGACACCGAAAAACCAAAACCCCUAACCCGAAACACAGAUACACUCAAGCACGAUUUAUUAAACCAAUUCUGAUAUAGACCGUUCUGAACAUGAGUUAUACGCAUUUGAAGCUUUAAGAGAACCUGAAAUUGUUUAUUUCACUUCAUUUGAUCUAUCCUAAGUUAUUAGUUCAUAAGUUGCUAAAUAUAUGAUUUUGAUUUUAUUUUUAAUUGAUUACGUUCGCUUUUGUUUGAUUAUUGUUUUGGGGUUCCGCCCAUUGCGGCCAGAAAUCUGUGGAGACACCACCAACACUUCAAAGACUGACUAAUGCAAGCUAAAAACGAAGCCGGAUCAAUCCAAGUUUUGCGGGAUGAAACCGAUGCAAUGGAGCUACAGAAUAUCCAGUAUUUUGCUCAACACGUAGAAUAGCAGGGCAUUUCCGGGUGAAUCAACUGCCAUAAGAUCGGAACUGGAUUUUGAUCCUCGUCCCUUAAGCACAUCACGAACUGCAUUUAUCCAAUGGGAGAUUUAUUGUCAGGUUUAUCAGGCGUUUAGUUUCACUUCAAUCUUCUUCUCCUUAAGUUCCCACUUAACCUAUCCGAACUAAUACUCACUCUUACCCAGACUAUACCAGUUUUAUAUAGAUAUAUACGUAUAUAAAUAUAUAAAUGUAGUGUUGUGAAAAAAUAAGAUUGCUUACCUAUAUGAGUGUACUACAAAUUUUCAUGGCAAACGAACUACAAAUAUUAAGUAGUGUAUAGUAAAGGAAAUGGCAUUUAAUCAAUAAGCAAACGAAAGGAAUACAUCUACAAAUUUUCAAGUAAUUAAAAUAGCAAGCAAUAUUCUAGAGUCAAAAGAACGUUGGAUUUCACAAAUUGUAACGAACAAACACGAUUUUAAUUACACUCGUAAAAUUUAUAAACUUUUCGGCAAAUCAAAAUCAAAACAAAAACUUUUGGCAUUAAAAAGAAAAAGAAAACGAAAACAAAAACAUAAACAAAGCGGUUUGAAGAAGAAAACACUUAGGCUAAGUACGCUAAUAUAACAUAAUCCAUUUUUCAUACUAUAUAUCAUGCAUGAAUAAUGUAUACUCGUAAUUCGAAUCAAUCCGAGUCGGAUGCUUUUUGAGUUGCUUCAUUGUCAAAAGGAAUAUGGCGAAAUUAACGUUUUGAAUUCAUUAGACGCGCUUCAUACUUGUAAUUAUUUAAGCGAUAAGCGUACAUGCAUAUACAAACAUAUACAGAUAAUUUUUUACUUAACUUUACAUAAAACGCAUUAAUCAAAAUUCAACUCCCAAGAAACAUUAACCAGAAGGUCAGACACAAAAUCCAAGACACUCUCACACGAAGGACAUUCAACUUCAACGCACAUCAGGCUCGACAUCGAGGAUAACUAAGCACGAUCAGCACACAUUUGAAUUCUGUAACCAGGCGGACAGGCAGUUUAAAACGCAUUUAUACUAAUCACUCGCUCCUUCUUAGCAGAACGAAUAUUAUAUGAAAUUAAGAGAGAAUCAAUACCCCAGUGGAAACAUUCGUAAUCAUUAAGCGCGGCAUAUACGGUAAACCCCAAAUUGAAUACUACAAAUAUGUGUAUUACUAAUUACAUUUACGAAAGCAUACAUAUAUUAACUAUAUUAAAUAUUGAAUGUAUUGAAUUGACAACAGUCGGCAUGCUGGGGAUUCACUAUCCUGAACCGCUUCACGUGGAACGGAUUGGUAAUCCCGCCCCAAACUCGAUCACUUUGCAUGUCCGACCAGCGAAGAAAGAAUUUGUCAGUUUCCAGUUUCAGUGUCAUAAAAGUCAAACAGAAACCAAUUAAAAUUAAAUAAAUGCCAAUUUAUGUUGGAUAAAACC